UGCCCGACGCGGAAGUGUCUCGGUGUCUGCGCGACGGAGCUUUUACGGCUCUCAGAACCACGGAGCCCGGCGGGGUGUCGAAACCACCCAAAUGGCUUCCGCAAGCAGCUCCCCCGCCCCGGUGGAGGGACUCGAACUCGGCGACGACAUGUCCCUCGGCGGCGGUAGCUCGGAGAAACUCACCCCGUCCAACGUCAACCGCAUCAUGACUGAGUUUUUUGUGUACUUCCUCCGCGGCGUCGUGCUCUUCUACCCCGUCUACCUCACGGGAUACCUGGGCCUGAGCGUGAGCUGGCUGCUGCUGUGUAUGCUCAUAGUCACCUGGUGGAAGAAGAACCGUCAAUGGAAGCACUCCCGGAUCGGGACAGCCAUCGACUUUGUGGACAACGAGACGCAAGUUGUGAGCACGGAGCUGAAGAAGUCCCUGCAGAUGGCAUCGUGGAUCCAAUUCAACAAUGUGGAGAAAGUCGAGUGGGUUAACAAGGUGUUGGAGCAGGCGUGGCCUUUCUUUGGGAUGUUCAUGGAGAAACUUCUUCGGGAAAACAUACAGACUGCCGUCAGACAGUCCAGUUCUGAGCUAAAGACGUUCACUUUCACCAAGAUCCACUUUGGACAUAUCCCUCUGAGGAUCGUUGGAAUAAAAGCCUACACCCAUGAGGUGGAUCACAGGGAGGUGGUCCUGGACCUGACCAUCAAUUAUGAAGGCGACGUGGACAUUGAUGCAGAGCUGAAGUCGGCCAUCACAGCUGGUGUCAAAGGACUAAAACUGCGGGGGAUGAUCAGGGUGAUUCUGGAGCCUCUCGUUGGAGAAGUGCCACUAGUGGGAGGAGUCACCUUCUUUUUCAUUCGUCGCCCGACCCUUGAAAUCAACUGGACUGGCAUGAUCAACAUUUUAGACAGCCCCGCCUUCAGUUCUCUGUCUGAGGAGACCAUCAUGGACAUUAUCGCCUCCCUCAUGGUGUUGCCCAACCGCAUGUGCUUUCCGCUCAUUGACCAAGUCAAAGUGGACCAGAUGAGGUUUCCCCUGCCGCGUGGAGUGGUAAGAGUCCACUUACUGGAGGCACGAGACCUGGUGGCUAAGGACACGUACAUGCUGGGCUUGGUGAAGGGCAAGUCGGACCCCUAUGCCAACCUCCGCGUCGGCGACCGGAACGUCAAGAGCAAGACCAUCAAAGAGAAUCUGUACCCCAGAUGGAGUGAAGUCUAUGAGUUUGUUGUCCAUGAAGCACCUGGACAAGAGCUGGAAGUGGAGAUUUAUGAUGAAGACACAGACAAAGAUGACUUCAUUGGAAGGUAUCACCUAGAUCUGGGAGAAGUGAAGAAGGAGAAAGAAAUGGAUCAGUGGUUUCCUCUGGAGGGGGUCCAGAGUGGAGAAGUGCAUCUGAAGCUUCACUGGCUUUCACUACAAAGUGACUCCACUUUGCUGAAGCAGUCUUCUGAGGGCUAUGCCUGUGCCAUGCUCGCUGUGUAUCUGGACAAUGCCUCUAACCUGCCUAAAGACCUCAGUGAGAUUGAGCACCAUCAUAAAAAGAAGCAUGGGAGAGAAGGUCGGCUCACGAGGAAGUCUGUAGGCCCGAGCUCCUUUGUGGCACUGUCCAUCAGUGACGAUGUUCAGAAAAGCAAGGUUGUGUUCUCCAAUAAAGACCCCGUGUGGGAAGAGGGCUUCACUUUCUUCGUGCAUGACGUCAAAACACAGCAGCUCAUUGUUCAGGUGAAAGAAAACGAGAAGAAGUCGCAGCUUGGCAUUCUCCGCUUGCCUAUCAGUCGCUUCAUCAAUGUUUCCAACAUGAUGCUAGACCAGCGCUUCCUGCUCGAGCAGUCGGGAGUGAACAGCCAGAUCAAACUCAAGGCUACGCUCAGGAUUCUUACUAUUGAACAGCCACCACUAAAGCCCAUCGUCACACCUCAAGGGGAGCAACAAAUACCACAUAGCAACAUGAGUGCAUCCUCCUCAUCAGCACUUUCUUCAAACACGAGUCCCGCUGGUCGAGUCUCGUCCGCAGCCAAUCCGGGCAACCCCCGGACAAUCCUUCCUGAGGACUACUCGACACACCGGCGAGGUUCUUAUCUGGCUUCAGAGGCCUUGAGUUCGUCCCCGGCUACGAUGAGCAUGCGGCGCUAUGACUCCCACAGCCUCCUGUCGGAGAAUGCUUUGGCAUCGUCACGCUUCGAUCUGGCAGAUGGCACUUCAUAUCCAGAGGUCAUCCUUAAACAUCGUGGUUCAUUGGGUGAGAUCAACCUGACUCUGCGCUACGCCACUCUGAGGAACAAACUUGUCAUUUUGGUAAACUCCUGCAGGGACAUUUUUCCCUGCAGUGAAAAUGGAACGGACGCUUAUGUGCGGCUGUAUUUGCUCCCGGAUCAAACGUGGAGACACCGCAAGAGAACCCACGUCAAGAAGAGGACCGUCAAUCCCGUCUUUGAUGAGAAGUUUGAGUUCGACGUGUCCCUCGAAGAGGCCCUAACACGCACAUUGGACGUGGCGGUGAAAAACAACAAGAUGUUCCACAUGCGGGAAAGGAAGGACAUUGGCACGGUGCUGAUCAGUCUUGCCGAGCUAGAUCUAGUCAAAGGUGUCAAAGACUGGUACAAGCUCUCGUUACAAGGCCUGAAGAGUCAAAGCGGGGGGGGAAACUCUAGCACUCCAACUGCUACUUCCAGAGCAAGAUCCACUGCUAUGCUGCGAGGCCUCUGAAGCUGUUACCGUAGCUUUAUUUGAAUUCAGAGCAUGACCUGGGUUGAUGUUACUAUCGCAACACACUGGAAUUAUUGCAUCACAAAUCUGAGGACUAUUUCUCUUUCUGCUGUUCUGGUUUAGGUUUUUUUUAUUAUUUUGUAUUUUUUUAAAUAAGGUUUGGUUUCCAAGCUGUUGUUUUGCCAAUCUAAUGUAAAUACUUUUUUAAAAUGAGAGGUUUAUUUGUCAUUUGAUAAGGGGAGGUAAGAAUAAAAAAAAAGAUACUUAGGUUUGUUGCAUCACAGUUUUACACACUGUUAACCAAGAAAGAGACUUGAGAAGCUGAAGACAAUUCUGGAGUCUGUUUGAAUGGGUGUACCUUUGUGUUCUGGAAUGAGGUGAAUAUAUUUGAAAGUGUGACAGUAAAAUGACUUAAAACACAA